CAACGCUAGUUUCUUGCCACAGUCUACCGGUUGCUUUCAAUCUGCCCACAAUAGCCUCCCAUUGCACAUCCAUAUUAUAGCCUUUUUCUUGCAUAUUGCUCAGCAGGAGGCUUUAGCAAUAUUGUAGAGAACGGAUUACCAGCAGCGUGCCCCGAAAAUUUGUAUAAGGAUAUCGCCUGUUGUGUGUGUAAAAAAAAAAAACCAAAAAAUAAAAAUCAAAAAUUAAAGUGCAUUUAGUGAAUGAUUUUGUGUGGUGGUUAACAAAAAACAAAAAAAAAUCAAAAACAAAAUGGUCCCAAAAAUAUUGUGCCUCAUAGUCCUUGUGGCGGCUGUAUCCGCAUCAGCCGAAACUUCCGAAGGUGAUAAUCUCCUGGCAAGUGCUUUGAAAAUGGUCAAAGAUUGUGGUGAUAAAUCAAUGAUUUUAUGCAUUAAGGAACGUGCUUUACAAUAUUUCGAUACCGAGGAUGGGGAUGUUAAACUGACUGAAGGAAUUCAACUUAUUAAGACCGACGACAUUCCACAAGGACGCUCCUUAAACGAUGUCGAUUUACCCAACGAGCCUGAGGCAAGAGAAAGUGAAGUUGACUCGUUAUUGGUUGAGCGUAUUGCAAGAUUCUUUGGCACACAUACUCUGCAAUUCAAAGUCCCCAAAGAAUCCAUUGAGGAUAUGCAAAGAUCUCUAGAAGAAUCUCGAGGCAAGAAGAAGAAGACAAAGAAGUAUCUGAUGCCAUUGUUGUUGUUGUUCAAACUUAAGGCUGCCGCUCUAUUGCCAUUGGCUAUCGGUUUCUUGGCCCUGAUUGCAUUCAAGGCUUUGAUUAUUGGUAAGAUUGCCCUCCUGCUGUCCGGUAUUAUUGGAGUGAAGAAACUCUUGGAAUCGAAGAAUUCGAGCCAAAACUACGAAGUUGUUGCUCAUCCACAUUAUUCCGCUCAUGAAGAACAUGGUAGCUAUGCGCGGUCUCUAGAAGCUCAAAAUUUAGCUUAUUCUGCAUACCAAAAAACAAAUUAAAAAAAAAAUUAAAAAAAAAUAUUAGGAACAUUUCAAAAACAAACAAAAACAAAAUAGAUUUGAAAUAAAUAAAUCACUCAAAACUCAGAUUCACACUCAAUCACUCACUCACUCAAUAGACAAAAUGCAAUAUUAUUUAUUAAA